AUGUUCGUGCGGCGCGACCUUACCGACACCGUCCCCACUCGUGAAGGCAACAUGCACUUUGUCAAACAAGGUGCCGGAUACCCGCUCGUGAUGCUGCAUCCUCUGGGCACAUCCACCUGGGCGUGGAGUUCCGUCAUAGAUGCGUUCAGCCAACACUACACCUGUUACGCAUUCGACAUGCUGGGGCACGGCGAGUCUGACAAACCCACCCGGCAUUUCAACAUGCCGGAUUACGCUCAAGCGCUCGAUGAUGCCUGCCAGAUACUGAACAUACACCGAGGGCACUACGUGGGCAAUUCGGUGGGGGCGGUACUGGCUACUGAAAUGGCGGCCUCAUUCCCGGACAGACUGGACAAGCUGGUCCUGGUGGGCGCCCCGGUAUGGGAUGCCCGGACGGCUCCGGAACGAAUCGCGGAGUCGGCGGCGGGUUACGACGCUGACGGCAUGCCGGUGGCCAGAACCAUGGAACAGGCCAAGGAGUCGACGACGUUUGCCGAACCGCGGCAGGAAUGGGUCGACGCCAACAACGGCACGAGGGCACAGGCGGGCGCCUGGGUCAAAAAGCUGCACGAAUCGCUGGCUUGGUACGACAUCAUGACCAGGCUGCCUCGGAUCAAUGCCCGGGAGACUCUCGUGCUGUACGGUGAAGUCGACCGACUGCGCGACGGAGAGGAACUACUGCACAACAACAUCGUCCGCGCCCGCAAGCACAUCAUGCCGGGGGUGGGACAUAUUCCGCAGAUCGAGGACCCAGAAGGGUUCGUCGACGCGGUGUUGACGUUCCUGAAGCCGGGAGACUAG